GUGGAGUCAGCCGGCGGAUCUGCGGCCAGUGCUCAGCCGACAACAUUAAGUGGACAUAGUGAAGGCCUUCAUAGGGUCCUUCUGCUCCCUCGUGCUGCCGCGAGCCAACUGUAUCUCAGCCGUCAGCCUUUGACGUGGCAUACAAAGCCUGCCACCGUCCGUGAGCACCAUGCGGCCGCAAAAGAGCAUGCCAACCCUGUCCCUGCCUCCAGACGUUGUCGGCGCGAUAUUCCAGUUCCUCAAGCCCGCCCACGUCUUAGAUGCCGCCCCGACAGCGAAAGCGUGGGCCGAGGCCGGCGAAUCAAAAUUAGUCUGGGACGGCCUGGUCGCGCAAACAGUCGAUACCGCUGUCCGUGAUGUGCUCGCUGUCGGCGGCGCAUCAACUCACAACGCGAAAGCGGACGCGGCCGUGCGAAACGCCCUCGACCGCUGCGACCAGAAAUCUAACAAAUGGGCGGCAAAAAAUCCAGCCCUGGCGAGCGCCAAGGCGAAAGCCUGGUACAAAAUAGGCGUCGCCUUACCCCCCGUCACGGCCGCGGUCGUCGCCGAGGUGUUACCGUAUCGAUGCGUCAUCUCGUUAGACCGGCGCGUCUACGACUGCACGAAGUUCGUGUUCGAAGGCAGCCCCUACCACCACCCGGGCGGCUCGUCGAACAUCCGGCGCGAGCAUGGGAGGGACGUCGGGCGUUUUUUUGACAUCUUCGCGCACGCAAAAAGCUGUGUGGAAAUCAAAUUUCAGGCGAAUUACUUCUGCGUCGGCUCGAAGAACCUAACUCACUGGUUGAUUUCCACACAGACUAUGACCGCGCAUCGGUUGAUGCGCAAGGAUAUGCUCGCCUGGGACGGCCCGUUGCACGCCGGCGCGCCGUCUCUCCCGGCUUGUGUGCUGACAAGGGCGCGGCGGCGACGACGCCACGUGAGCGAGGCAUCUUCAUCACGAUUCUCGCUCGGCCACCUCAUCUUCGGAGCAUCGUUAGCGAUGCUGUGCCGCGUCGCGAGCCGCUGGACCUCGGCAAUAGAUCUAAGUUGAAAAUUAUUGCCUUGA